AUGAACCCCCUGCGGUAUCUGGCCCCUCCCCGACCCUUUGGGGACAUCUCAAACUCCACCCAGGAGGAGAUCGAGGGGAGAGAGUUAUUUGCGAGUUGUCUCUUAAAUCAUUCACACAUGAGCAUGUCAGAUUCAGACAGAGAUGCCAUCCGCGCAUACAGAGAUGCAUGCCGCCGUCUUGAUAUCGGGGACAGCCAGACGCGCGAAAGCGACAUGCAAGCCGUUAGAGAAUACGAGCAAUCGCUACAAACCAACGGGCCAGCGAAUCUUUGUUUUGAUCUGGCUACCAGGACCAAGAUGGGUGAGGAACUCGAUAAUCUCUAUGAUAUGUGGAGCUAUGUCCGUUAUGAAAAGUACCUCCCCGCCACGGUCAAGGAAGAUGCGGAGAAGCAUCCCUCGGCUAAAGUCUCGGAUCCCUGGCACAAGGCCUUCUGGAAGCCAUUCUAUGGACGCCUCGAAGCCGAGGCAGACGCGUGGGCUCAAGUCAUGUCGGGCAAGAACCACCUCAACGAAUGCCCAACUUACCUUCUGCUGGCCCUGUUGUGUGAGCAGCAAACCAUGGACUGGGAUGAAACAGUCGCGCUGAUCAGAUACUGCGCUGUGGAGGGUGUCGAACUCCCGAAAGCAGAUUUUGUGGAUUACUUGAAGGCCAAAGAUGUGGCUGGUCUCGCGAAGAGGCUGGAACUCGAUGAAAACACCAUCGCCUUGUCCACAGAGUAUGUCAUGGGCGUUGGCACGAUGCUCCUCGCGUACUUCAGGAUGCAUCUUCCUGAAGCGCUGUACGAGUGUGAAGAGGAUCUUGACCCGGAAAGAUGGGUUCCUAAGAAGCGAUUGGACGAUUUGAUGGCGCUCCAGGACGGACACGAGCAAGCGAUCCAGGAGUUAAUACGGGAGAUCUUCUAUGAGAUGGUCCUCGGUGGAUCUGAUGAUGAUGACGAGGAGGGUUGGGACGAUGAUGAUGAUACGGAUGAGGACGAUAUCAUGGAUGAGGCUGAUUGA